CGCACAGCUGUGCCACCGCACGGCCCCGGCACCGCACGGCCCCGGCACCGCACAGCCGUGCCCGCACCCUGCCGCUGCCCCAGCAGCCCGCCCGCCGCCGCCGCUGGUCAGCCUCUGAGGAAAAAGCUCCCGCGGACCCGUCUCCCACCCUAGCAUGGGAUGGGCGAGCCCUGCCAGAGCGGUGCCUGCUCGCCAGCCCCUGGCAUAAAGGAAGGAGCGGACAGGGAGUCCUGGGACACGCCGCUGGGUUUCCUGGAGAGCGUUCAAAUGGACAACGGGAGCAACGUGUCCUUCCUGCAGUUCUUGAAGACCAUCAACCUGGAGCGAGCCGACGGCAUGCAGGGGGACAGUUCUGACGUGGUGCGGAUUGUCAUCUCCCUGGUGUACUCCGUGGUGUGUGCCCUGGGACUGGUGGGCAACCUGCUGGUGCUCUACCUGAUGAAAAGCAAGCAAGGCUGGAGGAAAUCCUCCAUCAAUCUCUUUGUCACCAGCCUGGCAGUGACUGACUUCCAGUUUGUGCUGACCUUGCCAUUCUGGGCAGUGGAGAACGCGCUGGACUUCAACUGGCUCUUUGGCAAGGCAAUGUGUAAGAUCGUCUCCUAUGUGACAGCAAUGAACAUGUAUGCCAGUGUGUUCUUUCUCACUGCCAUGAGUGUGGCUCGAUACCGCUCUGUGGCUUCAGCCUUGAAGAAUCAGCGUCGAGGAGACCCGCUGGUUGGCUGCUGCUCUGCCAAGUGGCUUUGUGCAUUCAUCUGGCUGUCAGCUGUCCUGGCUUCCCUGCCCCAUGCCAUUUUUUCCACCACUGCCACUGUCUUUGAUGAUGUUCUCUGUCUUGUCAAGUUCCCAGAGGGCCGAGGCAACAAUGCCCAAUUCUGGCUGGGUCUGUACCACAUCCAGAAAGUGCUGCUGGGCUUCCUGGUGCCGCUGGUUGUCAUUAGUCUCUGCUACUUGCUCCUGGUGCGCUUCAUCAGUGACAAGCACGUGGGCAGCACCUGCAGCGGCCCCAGCAUCAAGCGCCGCUCCAAAGUGACUAGGUCAGUGUCCAUCGUGGUGCUGUCUUUCUUCUUGUGCUGGCUGCCUAACCAAGCACUUACAACCUGGGGGAUACUCAUCAAACUCAACGUGGUGCACUUCAGUAACGAGUACUUUCUCUCCCAAGUGUACCUCUUCCCCAUCAGCGUGUGCCUGGCACACUCCAACAGCUGCCUCAAUCCCAUCCUCUACUGCCUCAUGCGCAGGGAGUUCCGCAAGGCACUGAAGAGCCUCCUCUGGAGGAUCACCUCACCUUCCCUCACCACCAUGCGCCCUUUCACUGACACCACCAAGCCUGAGAAGGAGGAGCAGGCUCUGCAUGCCAUGAUGCCUGUCCACCCUGUCCCUGCUGCUCCCCGUGCUGCAGCCGUCCAGGCAGAGGUGGCCUAUUACCCGCCCGGGGUGGUGAUGUACAGCAGCCGCUACGACCUGCUGCCUGCCAGCUCCAUGGAGCAGCACUGCUGAGAUGGCAGCGGGCUCUGGGGCGUGGCACGGUGCCAGAUGUGGCCUGGGGAUAUUGAACGCCUGGUCAGGAAAAGGGGAGGAGGGAUGAGUAAAGGAGGACUUCUGUGUGAGAGAUGCUCUUUUGCGGCUUUGUCUGCCCUCGGAGACACUUGAUGGAUGUUGUUGUCUGGAAGAUGCACCCUGAGCUGGAGAACAGGACUAGGAGGAGGUAGUGGUGGGGUGUCUCUAUGAGAUGUCUUUUAGUGCUUCUACCUGUGCUGGGGAACAAGGACUAGUGAGGGUGAUGGGACUCCAUCCAGCAAGGAUGCAGGAUGUGCAAAGCAGCACAGGGAGGUGAGGGGCUGGGCUGGGGGGACUGAGGCUGGAAGGCCUUGGCCACAUCCCCUCAAGCUGGAGUUGCAGGCAGCCCUCCCACCCUAUGUGUUUGUCUGUGGCAGGGAGAGGGAGCUGAGCUGCUUUCCCUGCUGCAGGACCCUGUAAUCAGUGCGGGCCUGGCUGGUCACUGCUUCCUGGGCUCCACUGAGGGCUCAGGGAUCAGACAGCCUCUCUUCUAUCACAAGCCUGCCCUGAGGCGAACAGCCGGGACAAGUGGGUACAAAGCUCCUGCUUGUUCAGGCUUGGCGCCUUUCCCCUCUUCCAGGGACUUGGGAAGGAGCAGGGACAAGGAACACUGUGCUCCCCUCCAGAUCAGUGCAGGAUCUGCUUUUCUAGCUACCCCCCAUCCCCCCAGCUGCUGCCAGGGUAUAAAGCAACCCAGACAGCCAAGGAGAAACCCAAGGAUGGAAUUUGCAGCUUCAUGAGGUGUUCCUUUUCCUGGGUUUGGAGGGAGGGUGUGAGCCCCCUAAUACUGUUCCCUAGCCUCUCUCCAGGCCACUGAGGGGAAAGGAAACCUCACAGCCCCAGACCAUGUGUAGCAAGACAGCAUCUCUCCCAGGGCACUGAGGUUGCAGGCUUAAGUUUUACUGCACUUCAGACUGUUCAUAUUUCACUUCAGGAAAUCAGCACAAAUGUAAAUAAAAUUUUUAAAAAGGGG